UCUUCGGCAGCCGCCAACCGGACACGAGUUUGCAGGCUGGUAGCUUAGAGCGUGUUCUGUAUGUGUAUAUGUCUUGAUUUUCUGCCCCAUUCCAAGAGGGUGGAGGGGAAGCAGUUUGUUUUUCCCUUCUCAGUUGUUUUGUUGUUGUUAUGGGGGGUAGUGGGAGUAGCCACGGGAACCGGAAAGUCUCCUUCGAAAUGGAUGAACAGGAGCGAGUGCGAGUUCUGCAGGGUAUUAGGCUUUCUGAAGAUGUGGUGAAACGAAUGAAGGAACCUUGCCAACCUAAAAGGGAUCAGCGAUCAUCAUCAUUUCCACCACCUUUGUUGAAAGCUGCAGAAGGGAAAUCCAAGGUGUCUACAGAGAUACGUCCACCGACAGCUGACAACUUGGGCCGAAAGCCCUCUGAAGCAGAGGAAGAUCUCUACAGGAGAUAUGAGCAAGAGCAGGCAAUGGUCCAAGAGGAACUACUCCGACUGGCCAGAAGGGAGCGGGAGGCAGCCAAUGAGAGUCUGAAUGUGACCCUUCAGCGAGAGAGGAGUUAUACCAAUGAGGAAAAGCUGAAAGCAGCACAGCUGCCUGUGGAUUUGGAUGCCUGGUCUCAGGAACUGCAAUGGAAGGACAAAGAAUUGAAGCAGAGAGACACCUUCUACAAGGAACAGUUGGACCACAUUGAGAAGAAGAAUUCUGAAAUCUACAAGCUGACUUUGGAUCAAUAUAAUCAGACAGUCACCAAUGCAGAAGAUCAGAUUAGGCGGAGGAACACACAACCUAUAUGUGCAAACCUUCAGGCAGCAAUCCACACGUGCUACAGUGAAAACAAACACCAAGUGCUCAAUUGCUCGGAGCUGGUUAAGGAGUAUCAGCGCUGUGUUCAGCUAGCACAAAAGAACUGGAAACAUUCCAUGCCUCUAGUAUUUGCAUGUAAAAUUGCAAUUCAAUGGACGCAAGGAGGAAUCGCAUCAGUUCUAGUACCUGUGAUGACUUGCUGAUUCUUGACCCCAGGAACUGUUGGUCCAUUUCGAUUAAAGUCCAGCUUUAAAGUGCAGAAAGCAGGGGACCACAGAAGCUCUUAGAAGCCCAGCAUCCUCUUGGAUUCAUGCUGAUGCAAAUGAGUGCCUUCUGUCCAUGGUGGUCCACGAAAGCACCAUGAACCCGUAUCCAGAUACCUGCAUGUAUCAGUCUUAAUAGAUGGAUUUGGACUUGAGGGGGAGGGCCCUGAGCUUGUAGAAGAAGCUAUGCUCUGCAAAAUGUAUGUCGCAUCAUCAUUAUUUCUCUUCCAGUAAGAGAAGAAUUCCCAUGAAUAGAUCUUGUUUCUAAUGGGGAAUACAAAUGAGAAGCCUCGUUUUUUUAAAAAAAAAAUCUGUUAAAUUUUUGUUUCACCGUUACUCUGUUUGUAUUUCAUGAGAUGUUGCCUCCGUUAGAACAAGGAAUAGGAGGAAAUGCCAGAGCCCUGCUUGUAUUGAGUUAAUACUGAUUCAAGUGUGUGUAUAUGUUUGACACCAGCAGAGACAUUCCUUCCUUCACCUCUCAAGCUUCCUCCUAAGAACAAUAAAAAGUGUGUUUAAUGGU